UGUCAUUUUUACUUUUUAUCUUUCCGUGCAGCGGAGUGAUGCAGACUGGAUCGAGUAGGGAAUAAAACUUGGUUUUGCGCGCUGGCAUGGCACGUCGGUGGCGUCCACACUUGGUUAGCGGCUCUUUCAGUGUGUCGUGGGCUCACCAUAUUUGUUGAGUUUUGAGUGGAAAAGUAUGAAGCCACCAAAAGGACUUCUUUGGUCUAUUUUCUUCGCGGUGGAGUUCUGUCUGAGCUCAGCGCAAGUCCUCAGGAUCGGUGGAAUUUUUGAGACCAGAGAAAGCGAGUUAGUGAGUAUGGACGAGUUGGCUUUCAAGUUUGCGGUCAAUAACAUAAACCGCAACAAGACCCUAAUGCCCAACAUUACUCUGACCUACGACAUUCAGAGGAUCAAUGUCUUUGAUGGCUUUGAAGCUUCCAGGAGAGUGUGUGACCAGCUAGCCCUGGGGGUGGUCGCUGUGUUCGGCCCCUCUCACAGCUCCUCGGUCAGUGCAGUUCAGUCCAUCUGCAAUGCCCUGGAAGUCCCCCACAUACAGACUCGCUGGAAGCACCCAUCAGUGGACAACAAAGACACCUUUUUCAUCAACCUGUACCCCGAGUACACGGCCAUCGCCAGAGCCAUCCUGGACGUAGUCACAUUCUUCAAAUGGAAAAAACUAACGGUGAUCUAUGAAGACAGCACAGGUCUGAUGCGGAUGCAGGAGUUGAUAAAGGCUCCUGCAAAGUUAAACUUGAAGAUCAAGAUUCGCCAGCUCUCUUCGGGUGACCAAGAUUCCCGACCCCUGCUCAAGGAACUCAAGAAGGACAAAGAAUUUUUUAUUAUCUUUGACUGCUCAUACCGCGCAGCAUCAGAAAUCCUAAAGCAGCUUUCAUCAAUGGGAAUGAUGACAGAAUACUACCAUUUUUUCUUCACAACUUUGGAUCUGUUUGCUCUGGAUCUGGAGCCAUACCGUUACAGUGGGGUCAACAUGACGGGUUUCAGACUGCUCAACUUUGAUGACCCGUGGGUAGCCUCCACGAUGGAGAAGUGGGCUACGGACAGACUGCAGGGUCCCAAACAAGAGAGUGGUCUGAUUGACGGAGUCAUGACUACAGACGCAGCCUUGAUGUAUGAUGCCGUGUACAUGGUGGCUGUAGCUUCCCAACGGGCCACACAGAUGACGGUCAGCUCGCUGCAGUGCCACCGUCACAAGCCGUGGCGCUUCGGACCACGCUUCAUGAACCUAUUCAAAGAGGCACAGUGGGAUGGACUUACAGGGCACAUUGUGCUUAAUAAGACAGAUGGCCUGAGGAGAAACUUUGAUUUGGACAUCAUCAGCCUCCAAGAGGAUGGCACUACCAGGGGUAUUGUGGAAGGUACAAGUCGUCUCACCAAAAGGUGGAUCAAGGUUGCUGUGUGGAACUCAUAUAAGGGGAUGACCCUGACGGAGAAGCCAAACCGAGACAAGAAUAACAAUGUGACAGAUUCUAUGGCCAACCGGACUCUUAUUGUCACCACCAUACAGGAAAAUCCAUAUGUGAUGAUAAAAAAAUCUGACAAAGAGCUGGUGGGAAAUGAUCGUUAUGAAGGCUACUGCAUGGACCUCUUGAAAGAGCUCUCAAACAUCUUGGGUUUUACGUAUGAAGUCAGACUGGUGGGUGACGGCAAGUAUGGAGCCCAGAACGAUAAGGGAGAGUGGAACGGGAUGGUCCGGGAGCUGAUCGACCAUGUUGCUGACCUUGCUGUUGCUCCAUUAACCAUCACCUAUGUGAGGGAGAAGGUGAUCGACUUCUCCAAGCCCUUUAUGACUUUAGGUAUCAGCAUUUUGUAUCGGAAACCAAAUGGCACCAAUCCAGGCGUGUUCUCCUUCCUCAAUCCUCUGUCUCCAGACAUCUGGAUGUACGUGCUACUGGCCUGCACUGGUGUCAGCUGUGUGCUCUUUGUGAUUGCUAGGUUUACCCCAUAUGAGUGGUACAAUCCACAUCCAUGCAACCCAUCCUCAUCUCUUGUCCAGAACAAUUUCACUUUACUGAACAGUUUCUGGUUUGGCAUUGGAGCUCUCAUGCGGCAAGGCUCAGAGCUAAUGCCCAAGGCUCUGUCCACUCGAAUACUUGGGGGUAUCUGGUGGUUCUUUACUCUAAUCAUCAUCUCAUCUUACACUGCUAACUUGGCAGCUUUCCUUACUGUGGAAAGAAUGGACGCACCGAUCGAUUCUGCGGAUGAUCUUGCCAAACAGACCAGGAUUGAAUACGGGGCAGUGAGGGAUGGAUCUACUAUGACCUUUUUUAAGAAAUCCAAGAUCUCCACCUAUGAGAAGAUGUGGGCUUUCAUGAGCAGCAGGAAGAACACUGCGUUAGUUAAGAACAACAAGGAAGGGAUCACCCGAGUUUUAACAACAGACUACGCCAUGUUGAUGGAGUCCACAAGCAUUGAAUACAUCAGCCAGAGGAACUGUAACCUCACACAGAUCGGAGGUCUGAUAGACUCCAAGGGCUAUGGAGUGGGAACGCCGAUUGGCUCUCCAUACAGGGAUAAAGUCACUAUUGCCAUCCUUCAGCUGCAGGAGGAGGGGAAGUUGCACAUGAUGAAGGAGAAGUGGUGGAGAGGAAAUGGCUGUCCAGAAGAGGACAAUAAGGAGGCCAAUGCUCUCGGAGUAGAGAAUAUCGGUGGUAUCUUCAUUGUCCUGGCUGCUGGUUUGGUUCUUUCUGUCUUUGUUGCCAUUGGAGAAUUCAUCUACAAAGCCCGCAGGAAUGCUGACAUAGAGGAGGCCUUUUGUUUCUUUUACGGGGUGCAGUCUCGUCAAUUUCAGCGGCGUGGCUCCAACUCCUCCUCUGGCAGCUCCUUAUCUAAUGAUCUGGAGAGCGGCAGGCUACUGAGGGAUGACACAGAGUAGCCAUGGCAACUCACACACAACUCUUAUUUGCCCUAGACUAUAGUGUGUGUCUUUUACCACUGUGAUGGAGGAAUUGGGUAUCUCUCUGCAGUGUUACAAAGGCAUCCGGAGGAGGUCACGGCAGCACAGUGCAGCACGGUCCCCUUGCAUCCUCUGUCAGCCCAAAAGAGCUGCAAGGAGGGACGGAGGGAGAAUAGAUUCAAGCACAUGAACCUGGGAUCAAAAUCAUGAUUAAAGUUGCAUCGAAGACUGCAUUUCGUUUGAUCCAACAUUCAGAUUUGUAUGUGGGCUAGCAAGCUGAUGUGAAAUUUGUUUCUUCAUCGCCUCUUUAUUGCGAGCUGUUUGUGUAUGUAUAUUACAUUUUCGGCAGUAAUAUAUAUAUAUAUAUAUAUAUAGUUUGUAGAAUCUUACCUGCAUAUAAACAUUGAUAUUGUUAAGCAGGUGAUGGUUGUAAGAAUGGAAUCUCCCAGAGAAUAAACACUUGAUGUUCCCUCAUGGCUGUAGUAGAUAGCAGUUUGCUGAGCUGAAUCAGAAAACUUUAUAAAAUCUGCCAUUGUGUAAAUGUGACACCUU